AUGGCUCUUUGCUACCCUGUGGCAGUGGGCCUCAACAAGGGCCACAAGGUAACCAAGAACGCCAGCAAGCCCAGCCACAGUCACUGCCAUGGCCGUCCGACCAAACACAUCAAGUUCGUGCAGGACAUGAGCCGGGAGGUGUAUGGCAUCACCCCGUAUGAGCGGCAUGCCAUGGAGUUACUGAAGGUCUCCAAGGACAAACGGGCUCUGAAGUUCAUCAAGAAAAGGGUGGGGAGGAGCUGA